CUCGACGUUUUCAGCAACAACGACGGAAGUGUUCUGCGGACUGCGGCCAUUUCUUACGCCGUCGAUCUUAGUACCGUUAGUUUCAGUGUUUGUUCGACAAGGUAUUUUAUUUUUGUAAACAGGAUACAAUUCUGUGGUUUCUUGACUGGCUCACUCGCCAGUUGAAUCUCUUAAGAAUGGACCCAACAAGUCGAUACCAAGUGCUACACAACGAGGAUGACUGCGCUGAGGCUUCUGGCAGUGAGCAGCAACCCUCUGCCGCCACCCAGGCUGGAGCGUCGCAUGACCAAAGUCAGACACAGAGCAGUGUCCUUCCUGCCCCUCCACCAGCGGACGCUACAGGGGCAGAUGCACCUCCGCCCCCUUACGCCUCCAUUGACCUGGGUGCAACUGCAGCUGUGCCUGAGACCAGUUUCCAAAGUGACUUCCCAGUGCCACCACCCUAUAGUGUGGCCACUUCGUUGCCCACAUACGAUGAAGCAGAAAAAGCAAAAGCCGCCUCCAUGGCUGCUUCCACUGUGGAGGUUAUCUCACGGGAGGAUGAAUUUCUUCCCAGAGAUGAUUUUAGUGAUGCUGACCAACUGCGAGUUGGGAAUGAUGGAAUCUUCAUGCUGGCCUUUUUCAUGGCCUUCCUGUUUAACUGGAUCGGCUUCUGUUUGUCCUUCUGUUUGACCAACACCAUUGCAGGGCGCUACGGUGCCAUUUGUGGCUUUGGCCUCUCUCUAAUCAAGUGGAUUCUCAUUGUCAGGUUCUCGGACUACUUCACUGGCUACUUUAAUGGUCAGUACUGGCUUUGGUGGAUCUUCCUGUUGCUUGGUCUCCUGCUGUUCUUCAGAGGUUUUGUGAACUACUUAAAGGUCCGCAACAUGUCAGAGAACAUGGCCUCUUCACACAGAACACGCCUCUUCUUCCUGUAUUAACUCGGGUCAGCCCCACCACCAUUCCGUUCCAUUGAGAUGCCCGACAACAACCACCCACCCCCACCCUCGAAUGACCUGCCAGGCCAUUGCUGCAGUGAAGAGGAAGCAGGGCAGCAAAGUAAAUAUAGGGAGAAAGGUAUAGUUGAAUGCAUAACAAAUAGAUGUAGAUUUUCUCCACAUAGCAAUGUGCCGGUCAGCCAAUGAACAUCUGAUCAAGUCUUACUCCAUCCAGGAUGUAGCACUUUCACCUCAGUGGGACUAGUGCCUACAUCCUUAUUAACACCUUAGUCACUUAUACUACAACAGCCAGUUGAAUUAAACCUAAUCCUUUUAAUCUUAAAGUGAACAAAAUAGCAUUUUAGCAUGUCUGAGCCAAAUGGGAAACAGGAUGAAUUUGAGGAUUUUAUUCCUGUCCUAUGCAGCAACAGCCAGAUAAUUAUACUGCAGGAGGGCUACUAGUGUUGUCAUUUCUGAUAGUAACAAAAAGAAAGCUAUCUGACCUUAAGCAGUGGUCAUGGUUGUUCUCACGGUUGAUCGAGCACAGCCUAUCAUCAGUGUAUCGUUAAAGUUGAACCAAACUCAUUGUUGUUUUGUUUCUAUUGCAUUAAAUAUCUUUGAAGGUAAGUGUUGAAAACGUGCAGAAACUGAGAACAAUUUAGUACUGAAGUGUUGAGAUAUAAAAAAACUAUUUUCAUCAUCUCAGUAGGCCGGAGUUUAUGGACAGGGCUAAAAACUAGACCCCUGACGUCAUGGGGCUGGGGUGCAUACUUUCUAGCAUGAGGCCCUCCCCCAUGAUAUAAACAUCAAGCGCCCUUAUUCCAUGCAGUGGCCAUUCUCCAGAAUUGCCACUUCCUCAUUAAUGAUAACCUUACCCAGCCUGUACUACCAGUAUCGCAUGCAGUUGGCCAUCAAACAGCAUCGGCGGCCCCUUGACAACUUGACGGCGGGAGGUCCGGCACCCCAGUGUUCGGGCCGUCAGCCUCACAGUCGUGGGACAAGGAGGCGGAGGGGGGAAAAAAUCAUCCGAGUGGCGCGAUACUGUGGCCGUUUAUGGUGCUCCCUUUGGUGGCCACAGAAGCAUGUUGUACCGCUGAAUUUCAAAGGAGGGAAAAUUGUCCCGAUGGUGUGACUACUGGUAAUUAUGCCAGUUCAGAGGCUGCAUCUGUGCAACCUGUGAUAACGUGUGCGAUGUCCGUUGCUGGGAAUUUUCCUGUCCAUGUUAGGAGCCAUGAAAAAAGGCAUGUAUUUGAUUGACAAUUGAAAGCUCCAGGGAGAAGGAGUUUUCAGAGCAUUUAGUGACACGCCCACAGCGUCUGCAAACUGAAAGAAUGUCUCAAUUCUUGACCAUUUUGAAACCUGAUUUCACAUACUUUGCGAUUUAUUUAUUUUUCCAUUUAUUUUCUGGCUUGUUAACAAGACUUUUCUGUAAUGCGUUAAAUUUACAAGACAGUUUUUGGUCUGUUUGGUUCAACUUUAAGAUAAAAAAAAAAAAUACAGUUUUACAAAUCCUAUGCAAUAUAGUUAUUUUGAGUUACCUACAAUAACAGUUGUGGAUAAUAAAAGUCAUAAUUGCAAUCGAGUACUGAUGCAGAAGGUUGGCUAUAUGACUAAAAAUGUGACCGGCCAUGCAUUUACACGGAUGGUUUUCUGUGGUUUUAUAACUAUUUAAAUGUCCAUCCUUUCUUUUCAUGGAAGUGUUUUGUGGCAAUGGGAACACCCCAAAUGGCAUGAACUGCUAAUAUUUGCUAGUUUGUAAUAAAAAACCAGAGAUGCCAUUGUUCAGUGUAAUCACAGCAAGUGGUGAGAGCUGAGCCCAACUGGACAAAGUAAACCUGAAAAUGAAAUGUAAAUACCAGCUUAAUACCAAUUCAUAUUUGCACUUUGAACUUCUGUACAGUAUAAUUUGUGAAUCUGCUUAACUUGAUGUGGUGGUGGAGCAGUAAAAAAAAAAAAUGUAGACUGCUUUCCAUGUUUUUCAACUUGAAUUGUUCAUGUGAAAUACUGCUGUUUUUUUUUCAUUUUCUUUGCACUUUUUCUUUUAUCAACUGAACUGUCACUGUUUAAGUAUUUGCCGAACUCUUAAUCGCCUUUUUUUUCCCCCUCAGCCUUUUCCAGCGGUACCCAAAUUUGCUGCAUGAUUUACGUGCUUAAAUGAUUAGCAGGGAUAUCAGGAGUCCACAGUUUAUUAACAAACCCAUGAACCAAUACAAAGAACAAAUGAAAUAAAAUGGCAGUCAUUUUGUUCUUGCUUUCGCAAAUGUAACCUGUCAUUUAUUGUGACUGGAAUUAUGUUGGAAAUUGCCAAUAAAGUUUGAAAAUAUACCGAUA